AUGGGAGAUUGGGGGCCAGUUUUUGUGUCUGUGGUGCUCUUCAUUCUCUUGACUCCAGGGUUGCUCAUCCAAAUUCCUGGCAAAACCAAGAUGGUAGAGUUUAGCAACUUUCAGACAAGUGGAUUAUCCAUAUUGGUUCACUCCAUCCUCUACUUUGCACUCGUUUGCAUCUUCUUGUUGGCUAUUGGAAUCCACAUGUACACUGGUUCUUGA